ACUUCCGCACAAAAUCUCACUUAGUCGCGUAUAUCGUCUUUGAAUUACAAACACUUGAAACUAUUUCUCACACGGAAACAUUCCGAAACCACUCGAGAAUCAAAGUUUGCAAACAGUGUUCUCGAUUCAAAACUUUUCACGGAAAUUCGAAUGCGUUAUCGAUCCUUUUAGUUUAUGUUUUGUUUUUCGAAUUUUAUGUUCGCUCGAUAUCGCGGAGCGCGCGCGUCGACUGGCCGGUGCAGCUCGCUACUAACUAAGUUUUAACUAAGAAAAAGCCUCGGGAUUCCGAUUCCAACAUGACAACACCCGAGCUUUGCGUCAGCAGGUUCUUCCAAGAAGACUCAACAUUACCAGCGAAGAGUCCCAAUAGAACACUAUCAACAAAUCUAGAUUCUUCUCAAGAAUCCCAAGAUUUUAGCCAAUGCUCCCUCGACGACGCGGACCUACUCAGCCUCUCCCAGCUCACCAUACAAGAACAAGAACCAAUCAAAAUAGACCCCUUCUAUAACAUAACACCGAGGGAAAUGCCACUAUCACCGCACUACGUCUUCGAAGAAGAAUUCUCUACAAACCCCUGGGCGAUAUUAAUAGCAACCAUCUUCUUAACGAAGACAUCAGGCAAAACCGCUAGGCCCCACAUGCAAAAAUUCUUCGAAGAAUAUCCCACCCCGUAUCACGUUUUAAACGACGUGCCUAUGUCAUUGGAACGUUUUUUUGAUACUUUAGGACUAAGGAAACGAGGGCAUAUGAUUUGGAAGUUGACUUAUCAGUUCGUUUCGUCAAAAUGGCGGCGGGCUAGCGAUCUCUAUGGCAUAGGGAAGUACGGGGAAGAUGCGUAUAGGAUAUUUUGCUUGGGGCACACAGAUUUAGACCCUGAGGAUAGGUAUUUGAAGCUGUAUUUGGAUUGGCUGCGUGGAACGGAAUUUUUGAAGGAUAACGGAGUGGCCGACUGUGAGUACGUUAUCGAGGACCCGGCGUUGAAAUAUUAUAGCAUUACGUUAAGGAAUGUUGACUAAAAGUAAACACUGUAAAUUAUGUGAAAAACGUUCCAUUAAUCU